AUGAACGCGGGAACCGCCCACGGCGCCAAAUUCGAAGAGGCCGUCCAUGUAUCGCCCCUCGGCCAGAACCGCUACUCCGCAUUUCUACAGAGCGCCUUCUGUAUCGGCACAGUCCCUCAUGGUGGCUACACGAGCGCAGUCCUAUACCGCCUCGCGCUGGUACACUUCGCAUCCACCCACCCAGAUCUAUACAAAGGCGAACCGGCAACCCCGAUAUCCAUGCACCUGACCUUCCUAAGGCGCACAGCCGCAGGCCCCGUGAGAUUCCGCGUGCACGAUAUGAAACUAGGAAAGCGGACUAGUUCGAUCCAUGUUGAGCUUCUUCAGCCGAAAGACCAGUCUUCAUCGAGCGGGGCAAGCACCGACAAGGGCGAGGAAGGAAUGGAAGUGAAAGUCGCGGGCUAUAUCACCGUUAGCCCGGAUAGUGCAGAGGUUGGGGUAUCAGCGAAGACGGAAUGGGAGCUUGAGCCGAAGCCCGGUGCCGGGACUGCGAGUGACGGCGGGGUAAAUUUGCGCCAGCUCGGCGAGACAGGCCAGGACGGGGCAUGGACGAAGCUGGACUCGCCGUUUGCUGAGUUCCGGAAGGCGACGACGCAGGUUGAGAUCUUUGGUGUUGAUGGGGCACGAGGGAAGCGCAGGAAUGGGGUCGUGGAUCAGUGGGCUCGACUAAGGCCGGAGGGCGAGGUGACGAGGUGGAGCAAUGAGGGCGUCGUGUUUUUGACGGAUAUGUUUCCCAUGGCGUUGGAUGGGUUUGAUAACAUGGCGACUGGGGCAGAGUCGGAAUCUGGGGGUGCUGGCCCGACUGCGAAUUUCUGGUUUCCGACUGUCACGCUGAGCAUUGAUUUGAAGAAAAGGUUACCGGCAGCUGGAGAGGAGUGGCUGUAUAGUCGCGUUGUGACCAAAUCGGUGCGUGAUGGGAGGACGGAUCUGGAUGUUACUGUCCUGGAUGCGAAGGGCGAGAUUGUGGCAUUGAGUACGCAGAUUGGGUUGGUGGUGAGUGCGAGUCGGAAUAUUGGGAGGCGCGCCCGAAUUUAG